AUGCUGGACACUGUUUACGGCAGCAGCAAAGACAUCGGCGAUACGACGUUUUGUUUGGGAAACUAUAUACCGGAUUUUAUGAAGAUGCUGUUCACAAUGCGGUCCCAUCACAUGUUGACUGACGUCGUUUUAGAAGUCGGCAAUGAGUUGUUUCACGUCCACAAAGUUGUCCUCGCCGCUGGGAGCCCUUACUUCAAGGCCAUGUUCACGAGCGGCCUGAAGGAGAGCGAGAUGUCUCGAGUGCGGUUGCAGGGCGUGUGUCCGUCUGCCAUGGCGUGGCUGGUCUACUUCAUGUACACUGGGAAGGUCCGGAUCACAGAAGUCACGGUGUGCCAGUUGCUACCAGCCGCCACUAUGUUCCAGAUAUCAAAUGUCAUAGACGCCUGCUGCGCCUUCCUCGAGCGGCAAUUGGACCCCUCCAACGCGAUCGGCAUCGCCAACUUCGCGGAGCAACACGGCUGCGUGGAGCUGAAGCAGAAGGCCAACCAGUUCAUCGAGAGAAAUUUCAUACAGGUGUGUCAAGAGGAAGAAUUCCUUCAGCUAACCGCGCCUGAACUAAUAAGUCUGAUUCGAAAGGAUGAGUUGAACGUGCGAGAAGAGAGAGAGGUCUACAAUGCUGUAUUAAGUUGGGUGAAAUACGACGAAGACAGAAGGUAUCCCCGAAUGGAGCACAUUCUGCAAGCGGUCCGGUGCCAGUACCUCACCCCCAGUUUCCUCAAAGAGCAGAUGAGUACGUGCACCGUGUUGAAGAAAGUUCCGGCCUGCAGGGAGUACCUCGCAAAAAUAUUUCAAGAUCUGACACUACAUAAAAAGCCAGUGGUAAAGGAAAGACGACCAAACACACCCCGUAUAAUCUACGUGGCCGGCGGUUACUACAGACAUUCAAUAGAUGUCUUCGAAGCGUUUAAUCUUGACGAUAAUUGCUGGACCACUUUGCCUCGAUUGACUGUGCCCAGAUCUGGCCUUGGAGCCGUAUUCUUAAAGGGAUUCUUCUAUGCCGUCGGUGGACGAAAUACAUCGCCGGGUUCCUCCUACGAUAGUGACUGGGUGGAUGUGUACAACCCCGCAACGGAACGAUGGCGACCUUGCAGCCCAAUGUCGACGCCGCGGCAUAGGGUAGGCGUAGCUGUAAUGGACGGUCUACUUUAUGCAGUCGGGGGCUCUGCUGGAUCUGAAUAUCAUAAGUCUGUUGAAUGUUAUGACCCAGAAAAAGACACGUGGACGUACGUCGCGUCGAUGCGUAGCGCGCGGUUGGGCGUGGGCGUGGCCGUGGUAAAUCGGUUGUUGUAUGCGGUGGGCGGGUUUGACGGCGUUCGACGUGUCCACUCUGUAGAGUGCUAUCACCCGGAGAACAACUGCUGGACAGAAGUCGCGCCUAUGAAUGUGGCUAGAAGUGGAGCUGGUGUUGCAGCACUAAAUCAGUAUAUAUACGUAGUGGGCGGUUAUGAUGGGUCGCAGCAGCUGUCUGCUGUAGAGCGAUAUGACACGGAACGGGACGUAUGGGAGACGAUAGCACCAGUGCCCGUCGCUCGAUCGGCCCUCUCUUUGACUGUGCUGGACAAUAAACUUCAUGCUAUGGGCGGCUACGAUGGUUUCGCGUUCCUCGACAUUGUGGAAGUGUACGACCCGACAACGAACGCGUGGAAGAGCGGGACUCCGCUGACGUCUGCCCGAUCUGGCCAUGCAUCAGCUGUGUGCUACCAGCACCUAGCUCCAUUAGACAACGAGUUCACGCCGAGUGUUGUGAAGAAUUCCUUAAAUGAACAGGACCGACGUACUAAGUCACUCCGCGGACGGACAGUGCCAUAG